ACCACGUGUUAAACCUAGUUUAGUCACUGUCCCGGAUAGUAAGUUUAGGGUCGACGUGAUGAGCAAAGUUACAAGAGACACUUUGUUCGAAUGCGUCGGUACGGUGCUCAAGGGUGCCAAGGAUAAGCCGAGAAGGUUCUUGGAAACAGUAGAAUUGCAAAUUGCGCUCAAGAAUUACGAUCCUCAAAAAGACAAACGUUUCUCGGGCACAGUCAAGCUGAGACACAUACCCAGACAGAAGAUGAGCGUGUGCGUGUUAGGUGAUCAGCAGCAUUGCGACGAAGCGAGAGCUAAUAACAUUCCAUGUAUGGAUACGGAGGAUCUGAAGAAGCUAAACAAGAACAAGAAACUGGUAAAAAGGCUUGCUAAGAAAUACGAUGCUUUCUUGGCAUCAGACAGUCUUAUCAAGCAGAUUCCGCGUCUGCUGGGUCCUGGACUGAACAAAGCUGGCAAGUUUCCCACUCUCAUUACACACAAUGAGAGUAUGGUUGCAAAGAUUAACGACGUGAAAGCUACCAUCAAGUUUCAGAUGAAGAAGGUUCUCUGUCUUGCUGUUGCUGUUGGCAAUGUCUCUAUGAAUGAAGAAGACUUGGCAGCUAAUGUACAUCUGGCAGUGAACUUCCUAGUGUCACUUUUGAAAAAGAACUGGCAGAAUGUUCGAGCGUUAUACAUCAAGAGCACGAUGGGCAAAGCCCAACGGUUGUUCUAGUUUAUUCACUGGUGAUGUAAUUAGAGAAUGGAAAUGUUUGUACAUUACCACAAACAUGAAAAUAGAAUCCAUUCUGUCUCAAUCAA